GCCAGGCCGAUGGCAGUGGCGUUGGCCGGCCACGGCUUGCCUCUCCCCUUCCCCACAGGAUUGAUUGGACUUUGAUGUACAAAACCAACAAUGGCUUUGAUCCUCUGUCAGACUGUGAGAUCGGAGCCUCUUCCCCGCCAGCAAUUCCCACCGACGACAGCGGGCCCUUCGCCGAUGCCUAUCCUUGGGGAGCUGGCCACUGUCCGCUUCGGAGAUUCUUUGCUCGCUCCAAACCCAAACAGACCCGAAUAGAUAGCCCUAUUCCGCAAUUGCCACGUCUGAGCUAUCCAAAGAUCAUUUCCUGAAUAGUCUGUUGGUUUGCGUUUGAGAGUUGAUCAACAACGAGAAAUGCCAAACCCUGCCUGGGUGAACCUGAGAACCUACGAGGCCGAUCCUCCAUUUGCAGGCUGGGAAGCUGAAUGGGACGACCAGAAACUCGAGCGACUCUAUCGGAGCGACAACCUCGGCGACACCAAGCUCAAGAAGAUGGUGCGGAGAGGAAUCCCGGACUCGCUGCGAGGCCAUGUCUAUGCAAAGCUACUGAAGCUCGGCGAGCUCGAUGAGCAUGACCGGAACUUUGAGAUUGCAAAAAUGCGGGUGUACGGCGAAGGAGCCAUGACCGACAAUCCGAUCGCACCGACCUUUGGCGGCCGCUCGUUUCGGUACAAGUUGAGCCUGAACAACGCUGGACGCACUCAGAUGGAACACAUCCUUUGCAUCCUGGCCUACGACUUUCCGAAUCUAGAAUACUGUCCGUUCGUGCCGGCGCUGACGGCCAUGCUUUGUCACCACAUGAACUCUGCCGACGAUGCCCUCGGCGCCAUGGUGUGCAUAGUGCGCAAAUCGCUCGGAGAGACUCUCGUGACGGCGCGGAAAGGCGUCUCGGAUCGAUGGGAGUUUUUCCCGACAUAUCGAAAGGAGGUCAAACUCAUGUCACGGGCUUUUGGGAACAUGCUCUACAAGUGCCUGCCCAAGGUUCACGCCAAGUUAGUCGAGCUACAAGAGAGAGACGAGAGCCCCAUUUGGAGCUCGUGGCUAUCGGAUAUGCUCGCUGAUGUUCUGCCUCAACCGAUCCUGUGGCGGCUCUUGGAUGACUUCCUGGUCGAGGGCUACAAGCCGCUCUUUCGGUUCUGCGCCGCCCUGCUCAAAAUUUACCAGGGCCAGAUUAUGGAAGCGCAGACUUCUCAGCAGGUGCUGGCCUUUCUGACGCCGCACAACAUCCUCUGUUCGGCCAACGAGGUAGCCGAAGAGGCUUGGAUGGUCAAGUUUGAUCGGGCGAACAUCACCAAAAUGCUUGUCCACCACCGGAGCCUUACAGCAAUCAGCAUAUCGGACGACUUGCAUGAGAUACAGUACAAGUAUCAGCGGGCUACUCCGCGCCUCAAGGAAACGAGCAGCAUUCUGGAUGAAGACCACUGGAUUGCAGUGUGGUCGUGGAUUCCUCCAGCGCAGCGGGUUGUGGAUGUCGAGCUGCUCUUUACGACAUCACGCCAUGGCUAUCAUAUAUCCACCCUGUUUCAUAGUGCCAGUGACAUCAAGCCCACUCUCCUUGUCGUCAAGACCUCAACCGGCGAGAUCUUUGGAGCCUACAUUUCGUCAGAGUGGCCUACCUCCCACGACCAACAGGGAAGAUUUUCUGGAAACGGCGAGUCGUUUCUGUUUAUGCUGGAGCCACGAGCCAAGAUGUAUCCUUGGGUCGGUCGGGAUAUAGAGUUCAUGGACGCUAUCGAGCGAGAGAUUGUCCAGAGCCAGGCAUCCAUGUUCAUCAUGGCCACUCGCAAGGAUCUAUCCAUCGGGGCUGGCGGGGGCGAAAUUGGAUUGUAUUUGGACGAGACCCUUCAAAGGGGAAGCACUGGCCCGUGCAUGACCUUCGGCAACGACCCUCUCACCGGUUCAAAUGCCCGAUUCUUCGAGACCCACAGCGUCGAGCUCUUUGCUUUCCUCUGAAGAAGUGGCAUUGCCCAGCGCAAGCAAAUGAAAACGGGGCAUCCUGUUUCGUCACCCACCAGCUAGCAUUUGGGAUGUGCACGGCAAUAUACUCAUAAUGACUAUCUACCCUUGGAAGCAGG